GAGCGCUGCAUGGAUCUUCCGAUACGUUGAGGCCCUGAGAGCUCGAGAGCUGUGCGCGCUUCUCCACCCGUCAAUUAGCGUUUUAAGACGCUGGCUGAAUUUCCUCUGCCUGGCUCGCCCUGAGUGUUGAGUGUUGAGCGGGUCUUCAGCUCGCUACCCAGGCCAACUCCCUGACCUCGACCCCCCUUCCACGAAAUCCUCCCUGGGCGAUCCUGCAUUUAUGACGCCUCGAGCCGACUUCCAUAGUAUCGCCGUCCGGGCGGCUCCACUAUCACCAUGUUUUCUUCGGCGCUGAAGUCGUUCACCUCAAACAUCUCUUCUAACUACUCGCUCAGUCCGCACCCCACGUCUUAUUCCGGACCAUGGAAAAUAUACGAUGCAAAGAAAAAGUCCACAGGGAAGGCAGCAUCCGUGUUUGUCUUCGAGAAGAAGUCCUUGGAGCCCCAGGGUGGGGCAAGCCUCGGAGGCCGGGCCAACGCCUCUGCGCUCAAGCGGGCCCAUGAGGAAGUCGUGGAAAGGUUAAAGAAAGAGGCUAGCUCCCUUGCCCGAUUACGGCAUCCUAGUAUCUUGGAAUUGGCAGAACCCGUGGAAGAAACUCGAGGGGGAGGUUUAAUGUUCGCCACAGAGCCCGUCACGGCGUCGCUGGCUGGCUUGCUUCAAGAGAAGGAUGAGCAAGAGAAGGCCGGGGGAGUGGGCGGCCGCCGCAGCCGCUACGUGGUAGAAGAGUCUGACGGGCAGAAGCGAAGGAGAGAGCUGGAAAUCGAUGAGCUUGAGAUACAGAAGGGGCUGUUGCAGAUUGCUAAGGGCCUCGAAUUUCUCCAUGAGAGUGCUGGGUUGGUGCACGCCAACAUGACGCCCGAGGCUAUCUUCGUCAAUGCCAAAUCAGAUUGGAAGAUAUCUGGCCUAGGAUUCUCAAGUCCGCCAGAGAACUCGACCAAGCCGACAUCCGCUACUCCUAUUGCACUCUCCGAGGUCCUGCACUAUGAUCCACGGCUACCGCGCCAUGUUCAGCUAAACCUCGACUAUUCGUCUCCAGACUUUGUCGUAGAUGGUAACGUCACCCCCGCUGCAGACAUGUUCUCGUUAGGCUUGUUGAUCAUUGCUCUCUACAACUCACCACAUCGAAGUCCGCUGGAGUUUAAUGGGAGCCAGUCAUCUUACAAACGGGCUUUCUCAUCUUCAUCUUCAGUCCCCACCAAGAGUAACAACUUCAUGUCCUCACAGCCCCUACCAAAGGAUGUGACGAAUGGCGUCUUAGAUCGGCUGAUCACGAGGCGGCCUGCCCAACGGUUGGAUGCUCGUGAGUUUCAGCAGGCUCAGUAUUUCGACAACAUUCUGGUCUCUACCAUUCGCUUCUUGGACUCUUUGCCUGCGAAGACACCAAACGAGAAAUCGCAGUUCAUGCGGGGCCUUCCAAGAAUAUUGUCUCAGUUCCCAAAGUCAGUCUUGGAGAAGAAAGUUUUGCCAGCACUCUUAGAGGAGAUGAAGGAUCGCGAACUUCUUGCCUUAGUCUUACAGAAUGUCUUCAAGAUCAUUACAACUCUAACCUCAGGAAAGCGUGCGUUUACAGAGAAAGUGAUCCCUCGCCUGCGAGAGAUAUUCCUAUCAGGGCCUCCAACUAGCAAAGGCGCUGCCGCACCAGAAAGAGACAGCUUGAAGGAGGCAGGAUUAAUGAUUCUGCUCGAGAAUAUGGCUAUCGCGGUUGAGAAUUCCUCAGGGAAAGAGUUCAAAGACAACAUCCUUCCUAUUCUCCAGCACGCUCUCGAAUCCCCAACACACUCCGUGGUGGAUGCCGCCCUCCGUACUCUCCCGUUUGUUCUUCCUAUCAUUGACUUCUCCACGAUCAAAAACGAGCUAUUUCCCGUGAUAGCCACCGUCUUUGCCAAAACCAGCAGUAUGGGCAUCAAGAUUCGAGGUCUUGAGGCUCUUAAGACUCUCUGUGGUGGUGGGCCCGAAGAGCAAGAGAUACAGGGCGAUGGUCUUACUGGAGUUGUGGAGACUCCAAAACCUAGCUCCAACGUUUCGAUACUGGAUAAGUAUACGAUACAAGAGAAGGUGGUACCGCUAUUGAAAGGCAUUAAGACAAAGGAGCCCGCAGUUAUGAUGGCUGCUCUUGACGUCUUCAAAGCUAUUGGCUCGCAAGUCGAUGCGGAUUUCCUUGCAAUGGACAUUCUUCCGAUCCUUUGGCAAUUUAGUCUUGGUCCUCUCCUCAACCUCCCGCAGUUUCAGGCAUACAUGGCACUCAUUAAGUCAUUAUCCUCCCGUGUCGAAAACGAGCAAACGCGCAAACUUCAGGAAUUAGGUGCAAGCAAUGCCACCGUUUCCACAUCUCGGAAUGAGUUCAUGAGUUUCGGGGGAGUUGGUGGGACAAAUGGUACCGAUGCGACCAACGGUGAUGGAGAGGCCGGCUUCGAGGCUCUUGUCCGCGGAGGCAAUGCGAAUACAUCUUCAGGCACAGAUAUGUUGGGGGGAGAUUCAUGGGCAAAUGCACCAGCCUCCGCUUCGCCAUCGUCCGUCCUACCCUCCCGACCAUCAGCACAUCGUGGAAGGUCAUCGAACAAUGCUUCGCCCGCGGCGACAUUUUCGUGGUCCACACCACCGCCCCCUAUGUCUCCUCCUACAAACCUCUCAGCACCACAGGGGGGGGCAAGCAGAACGAUUACGCCUGACAAUACUCUCAGCUCGUUGAACUCCUCUUUUCCUGCUCUUACUCCCCUUAACCCUAGCAUUAGCAACAUCGGCUCUUUCUCUCCACCGCAACAAGCUAGACCGAGCAUGGGCAUGAGCAUGAACAGUAUGAGCAGCAUCAAUACAAAUCUCUCUACACCAACGUACACAACACAAAGUUCUAGCUUAGAUUGGAGUAAAGCCACUGCACCUGCGUUUAACCCUUGGGGAAACACAGGCACGAACUCUAGUACGACUGGGUUAUCGAACUUCUCCAUUGCACCACCGCCUUCACAGCCUCAACAACAGAGUAACGUAUAUUCGGGUUUCAGCAUCGCACCUCCACCGGCAACAGGGUCUAAUACGUUUAGCAUCGCCCCGCCACCGAGAACAGGGGCACAGACAGGUGAUAUGAGUACGCUAGGCGGAUCAGGGAUAGCUAUGUCCACGAGAAUGGCACAGAAUCAGAACCAGCAGAGACCAGUACAAUUGCAGCAAACGCAACAGACGCAAAAUUGGGGAGGUGGGAGUGACUCCUUAAUCUAGUUUCUUCUUCUACUUUCUCAGUGUUUAUUCAUGGUUUCACGGUGUUGUUCAGCGACUACUGGCAUAGAAUCUUUGGCAGGCGGAAACUUGGAGUUUCUCGAAUAUUUUCAAAGGCACUUUGCAGGACACACACUUUUCAGGUCGGGCGUGGGUAGAAGGUGUAUGAUAGCCAAUUUCAGCUCGUGACGAUUCGACGUUGGGGUUCAGCUUUCAGUCCAAGUCAUGGUUUUUUCCUCUGCCCUUCUUGACUAAGGCGUUCCCGGUCUCCAGUAUGUUGCUCGCGUGCUCAAUCAUAUCUUUUUGUUAUCUACGGAUCCGUACUAGGCACCCUACGAUCAAGGAUUCUGUAAGGGGAUUGUGAUGCCGGGGCAGGUUUGGGGGUACAUGUAAACACUUU